UUCGCCUUCCAGCAGAGGUCCAUCCACCCGGUCACUUUCGCAGGUACAGUGCGCAUCUGCUAGAAAACGUCCGAUGGAAGAGGCCUUCCGCGCACGCACUGGGUCGGGUGUUGGCAGCGCUGGUGGACAGCGGGCUGGUGAUGGACGGGCUGCUGGUGAUCGACCGCCUGGGCCGCACCAACGACCCCUUCAUCCAGGCAGGCGGCACCGUCACCACCUACCAGCGCAGGCUGGGCGCGGCCGACAUGGACCACCACUACUACAGCGCCCUCGAGGUCGGCUACAAGAUGGCAGUGCGGAUGCAGCAGCUGUGGGACCCGCUGCUGAAGGCGCGCGCUCACAUCCUGGAGCGCUCGCCGACCAGCAGCACGACGGCCAGCUCCAGGUCCUCGCAGACGCCCAGCACCGUUCUGCGGCCCGCCGACCCGCGGAUCGUGUCCACCAAGAGCGAGGGGGUGAGUGGCGAGGCCUCGCCGUCGGCGUCCCUGGAGUAA